AUGGCAGCCAGUCGAAUAAACCCCAAUCGCCCACUCAUCCGCCUCUCCCCCGUCCACUCCCGCAAUAACUCUCGGUCAACCUCGCCUGAAAGACCUGCUCCUCUUUACCAGAAACUCGACCCUCUCCUCAGCAACCUCUCCCCCGAAUCAACUCUCCACGCCCUCACCUCUACCGAUGCUGUACCCUUCAACGAGAAAGGCGCCCAUGACAUCCUCUCCCAGAGUAUCUCCCAGGUUUCGCCUGCGGAGCGCGCCCUGGGUAUACGCGCAGCUGUAGCAGCUCAGAAUUUGGACCUGUGGCACAAGGAGGUGCAGUCGUGGGAAUGGCCGAACCAGCAGGACACGAAGCUUGGAAAGGGCUUUAUUCCUCCAGAGGCAUCUACUCAGCCUAGCGACUCCCCUUCCAUCGUGCCUCCUAGUAACCCGGACGAUGAUUACUAUGGAAGCUUGCCAGCCAGCGGGGUGGAACGAUAUGAAAGGAGAAUCGAGGAGAUCCGCGAUGGAAUGGACGAUCUCAACGUGGAGGAAUUGAAGGAACACGUUUUGAAUGCCCACAUUCCUUCCAGGUCUCGGCCCUCGUCUGCCACGAGUUGCGUGUCUGCGCCCCCGCCGCUCAGUUAUGUGCAGCUCAGUGACUUUACGGCUGUUAUCACUGCGACCAUCCUCCGUGCUCUUCCUUUGCUUUCUCGACUCAAUGCUCUGCUUAGUACCUGGGAUGUCCGUCUGCUUGUUCUACGCCAGAUUCCUGGUUUGCUCAGGGAGCUGAGCAUUACCCGGUCCGCCCUUGAUUCCUCCCUUGACUCAUUGCGGUCCCCGCAGUCUUCAGCUGAUCCGAGUCGAUACUCCGACGCGUCCUUGGUUACUGAUCAUGUCAGAUUGGAGUCCGCGGUUGUUGCUGUUGGACGGCGGAUGGAUCGCGUUCUCGAUGCUUUGGAGGGUCGCCCGGAUUCCUUGCCUGAACAUUGGAUUGAUGAUCUAGAACGUAUUGAGUCGGACUUCGCUGCUUGGGUGGUCGAGGCUGAAAAGUACAAGGUUCACAACCAGUGGUUGCGUACUAAGCAGGAAUUGAAGGUUGAGACACCGACACUCUCCCAGUCUGAGCCCGAGAAGCCAUUGGAGGAAACACAGCGGGAUCCAGUUUCCGUUGGAGCUCUCUCGGAGCCAGCGAGUAAUGAAGAGAAACCUGUCUUAAUCAAGUUUCAGGGUCAAUGUGGCCUCGAAGGUCCAUUCCAUAAAACUCUCAACCUUACACAACCAUCUGUGGAACAUACAACGGUUCCUGUGGACAAGCCAUCUCCUCCGGCUUCUAUCCAUGAACAAUCACCCGAAGCAAAGACCUCAGCAUCUGCGGCGACAUCCCCAGCACAAGAUAAACAAGAGGUCCCGGCCCCUGUGGCUGUGGCCGAGGAUCUCACAACCCCAACACAGGCGGAAUUCCCAUUGAGUAUUUUGUCACUCAAUGGACAACUCUCGGCAGGCUUGACACCUCGUGCAAAAGGAUCUGUUUCGGAAAACAAAGAGAACAUCCCUCCUUCCAUUCCCCAGACCGAUGGAUCUUGGUCGCCUCCUCGGACUUUGACCAUGGCAAGUGCAUUGACUGAACACAAGGAUGUAUUUGAAGACCCAUUCGCUCGAUCUUCUACAGCUGAAGCCAAGACCCAGCUCCCAGCAGUCACUGUCUCUACCGAUGUUUCACCUGUUGAAGAUGCGAAUGUUUCUACUAGUGGCAACGGUCUGCGAUCUGAGAUUGCAAGUGGUAUCGAGGCAGAGCAAGUGCAUGUUCCCCGGUCCGUCACCGAAACCAGUCCCAAGUCUCAUCUCGUCAAUCGAUCUAUUGCACAAGACUCUCAAACACCCGAGGACGUUCCACACGAGCGUGACGUUCAGACAGCUGGAAUAUUCUCCCCCGACCUGCCCUCGGGUCCAUCGUAUAUACGCAUGCCUCGUGUCAGGUCUUCUGUCAAGAACUCUUCCCAAACCACUGUGGCUGUAGACUCUGCUUCUCGCCCCAAUUCUGCAGGAUUGAAAUCCCAGAUCCCCAAUCCAGCGAAGACAGCAGACACCCCACGCACAGUUCGGAAACCGCUACAAAGUCCUAUCAAGCUCUCCAAAAAUCGAUCAGGAAGGUUGAGCCUUGACAAGGAGCCCGAGCUGUCACCGAAGAUCACCCACCGUCGCCGGACCUCUACUGGAUCUGUGCGUUCCUUGCUCUCGGACCACUCUUCCCUCAUCUCCAGCCCUGACGCUCCGGGGUUGCGGACUGCUUCCUCAAACGAAACACCCAUUAGCGCCCCAUCUCAUCCCGAAUCGGCACACCCUCCCCCUUCACAUGGUGACCAUACCUUGAGAGAGGAUCGUCUGCGUCGCUUGGAGAAUCUCAAGCCUGAUCUCCGGGUCUCCUUCCAGCAGAAUCGCACUGUCAGUCUGCCUCUUGAGCGCUUUAUCAACGAGCGAUUGGAGAUGGGCCUAGGAGGCGAGUCAGCAGAUGUUUCUUCGAGGCAGCCCAUCAAAGCCUCUACCACAUCUGUUGGCUUGCCUAAACUUGUCAAGUCUCGGAGCAAGAACACAGACCAGGAUUCUGUUGUGUCUUCGCAGGGACCACGUAUCCCGACGCGUCGUCCCCAACUUUCUCGGGGCAAGUCUGCAUCUGAUUUGCGCACCCAAAAUGAAAAGCUGAAGGCUGCCGAACACAACCGAAAUGCAUUCACGAGGAACUCUGCUCACCGAGUCAUCGAACCUCUGACUCAGCCCAAGUCUCUCCGAUUGCGACAGCGAUUGACUGCUCAUCCGAGUCUUGAAAGCCUGGGCAUGAAGAGACAAGAGCUGUCUUAUGUAGAGGAGCAUGAAUCGGAGCUCACUGAUUUCGGAUCCCGCGCCUCCUCGCCGACAAAGCAUAUGAGACAGCCCCGAGACCAAAUGGACGAACGGAUCAGCUCCAUUCUCAAUACGUUGCCUGGUCGUAUUCAAUUGGUCGACUCUAACCACGAAGCAGACACGUCUUCAUCAUCAUCUUCUGCGGAUCGAAGAAUGCGAUACCGGUCAGAAUCACCUACUGGUCCUCCAACUCGUAGCACUACUCCUGCCCCCUCUCUGAUGUUGAUGCCUGCUGCCCGAAGACGUUCCCAUGCCUUCAAGACAGAAGAUAGCUGUGUCAAGCUCUAUCACCUCCAUCACGGAGGCCAAUCGGCGCCGACCAAACUGUUCGUUCGCACCGUUGGCGAAGCCGGCCAGCGAGUCAUGGUUCGCGUCGGUGGCGGAUGGGCUGACUUGGGUGAAUACCUUCGCGAAUACGUUAUCCACCACGGCCGUCGCAAGGUGUCUGAGACUCCUCGUGUCGAAGUGCAAGGCAUCCGAACUCGCUCCUCUCCAUCUUACUCCUCGCCGGGUACCAUGCUCACCCCGGGCACUUCAUCAUAUCUCACCUCCGGCCGGGCCACCCCCUCCCGGCCUCAGUCUGUGCUCAGUGCCAGACCCCCUUCAUCGCUUACCGUCCGCAAGACGCGACGAAGCUCCAAUGCAUCCGAUGUCGCCGGUACUCGUGCAGUCACCACCGGCCAUCUGCAUUCUUUCACUUCGCCUCCACCUCCCGUCCCCCCUCUCCCCGCCUCAGGCGGCAGACGACUCUCAGUCUCUUCAGGCUAUUCAAUCGCAGAAUCGCAUUCCCCUGCCAACAAUGUUAUCCCUUCCAUACUCCAGGAAUCCCGUGCCACUCCGCUGGGCUUGGCUGGCCCAAGGCCGCGUGCACGAUAUGAAUCCAUGAGCCCGGAGGGUGAAGCGUGGGUCGAAGAUGUUCUUCAAAAGACUCGUCGCUCCAGCUCGCACAACCCACCACCGAUCGGACUUGGUCUGAUAGAGCACGAUGACAACCGAUCUGAGAUUGGAGAUGCUGGGAUUAGGUACUCCCUACCUAAAGUCCGCAGUAUCGACGAGAUCGGAUCUAUUGGCACGAGUCGACGCGUCGUGUUGAGAGGGCUUGGUAGUCGCAGGUCAUAA